CUCCCUCUCUCUCCCCCUUCCUUUCCUCCCUUCCAAUCCCAUUCGGUAGUCUCAGCCUGGGCUUUUCGCAGGCGCGUUAUGAAAUGAGACUAUCCUACCGGAUUGGUGCGGCUGCACUUAUCAUCCUCGCCAUCAUCCUCAUUAAACGCCACCUCGAUCUCGUUCAGGAUGAUGCGCGCGUUCAGUCCGGCUGGAGUUUCAGCUCCUUCUCCGCCGAAUCUGCAGCGGAUGGCAGCAGCAGCAGCAGCAAUGUGAACAGUGGCAACGACGGGGCGUCGACUCCGAAGAACUCGAAACCAAUUCUUACCGGCAACGACAAGAGCAACAGCAAUGGCAAAACCAAAGGGUCCUCCGACGAUUCGGCCGUCUCUCGGCCGCUCUACGAAACCACUCCCAUUAUCGUUCCGAAUGAUCGCGUUAUCGUCAUGGCAAAAUUAUCCACCGAGGACACCAGCUGGGUGAGCAAUGAUCUAGCAGAAUGGCGCAACGUCAUUUAUACCGUCGACGACGUAACCGCAUCCCGACACACCCCCAAGAACAAAGGUCGCGAAUCCCUCGCCUACCUACAAUACAUCGUGGACCACUACGACGACCUCCCCAGCACGAUCGUCUUCAUCCACAGCCACAAAGACGGCUGGCCCGGAGCCUGGCACACCGACACCAUGGCCUACAGCAACGUGGAUUCCAUCCGAGCCUUACAGACCGACUUCGUGCAACGAAACGGCUACGUCAACCUCCGGUGCCAGCAGACGCCCGGCUGUCCCGAUGAGAUUCGUCCCUUCCGAGACCCCCCGCAAUUCGGAAAGACGGCAGAGCGCGUGUACGCGCAGGCAUGGGCGGAACUGUUCAACAACACCGACGUACCGGAAGUGGUUGGAGUAGCGUGCUGCUCGCAAUUCGCUGUGUCGAGGGAACAGGUCCUCAAGCGGCCAUUGGAGCAAUACACUUGGUUCUACGACUGGGUGUUGAAUACGGGGCUGUCGGAUGAUCUGAGUGCCCAUGUGAUGGAGUAUACAUGGCAUAUUAUUUUUGGGAAGGAUCCGGUCUACUGCCCCGACGCCUAUCAAUGCUACCAAGACGUCUACGGCAAUCCUUAUUUCUGGUGAUUUCCGUCUGAACUGUAAAGAAUACCCCCUCUUGUUUCUCAUGGCUUUGCGGGCUGCUUCAUUAUUUCCCUUUCUACAUUGUAAUCUUUUUUCUCUAUUUCAAUUUUGAUUUCCAUCUUUUGGCUCCGGAUCUGACGACUCACGUGCGUAACUUUGGUUGUUAUGCUUUGCUUGCUUUUU